AUGACUUCCGAACGCAAAUGGCUCGAGACGAAACUGGGCGACUUUUUGGGGUUUCAAGAUGACAGUUUGGCCGAAGUCCUGGAUCAUUUGUUGUCGAUUGAAAGCGAAGGAGAUUUGCUGGACUAUCUCGAACAGCUCUUGGGCAGUCGAGACGAUGACGUCCGUGCAUUUGUGCAGAAUAUUGGACAAUUUCAACGGGGUCAACCCGUUGAAGGAAUAAAAGAGGAAGAAACGGCACCCAAGGACGAAGUAGCAGCAGCCACACCUGCUCCUGCCAAGACUUCGGCUGCUGGAGCUAAUAAGAAACCGAAGAACGACAAUAACAAGGCCAAGUCUGCACCCAAGACAACGACUGCUGUACCCAAGACACCGCCACAAUCCACUGCUAAAUCUCCAACAAAUGCAACUCCAGGUGCCAAUAAGUCACCAACCGGAAACACGGAAACAGCUGCCAGCAAGGAACAAUCCACUACCAAAAAUGAAACUACCACCAACAAUAAAACUAGCAAUCCAGAACCACCCAAGAAGAAAAAGUACGGUCUCCCUCCAAAAGGACAAGCCAAACGAAAUUGUGGAUGUUUUGGAACCCUCCACAAACCAUUAACCAACUGUCUGUAUUGUGGAAGAAUAUCCUGUGCGGAAGAAGGAUUCGAUUUUUGUCCCUAUUGUGGAUAUCUCGUCGAAGAGCCAAUCCUCAAUGAUCCUACCAAAAAGCAAGACAAGGCGUGGCAACACAAGGAACGGUUGCUACGGUACGAUCGAGAUGCCGCCAAGCGUACCGUCGUACUCGAUGAUCAAGCCGAUUAUUACAGCAAUCAAAACAAUACAUGGUUGACCGAAGAGGAACAAGACGAUGCCUACGAAAAGGACUCCGAUCAACGAAACAAUCUGCAUACCCGACAAAAACAAACACUCAAUAUUGCAUUUUAA